CGCAUAUACCUGGCAUUAGUGGGAUGGGCAUCAUUUCUGGGGGUGGACUGACGAGUGAGCAGUCGAGUAUAAGGGGUGGGGUGACGCAUCCUGGAAAGAGGGAUAGUAUUGCGUUGUUGGAUAAGGUUGGUGGGGAGUGGGAGAGGCAGGGGAUUGGCAUGGGGUUGGAAGAGAGGUUGGAUGCCGUUCUGGGGAAGGCGUAG